GGCGCUAAACACUAGCCGUAAAAAACACACGCGCGUGUGUGUGUGUGUAUAGGUGCACAGUGUAGCAGACACGUGGAGAUUGAACUUUGUGUACUUACGAACGCUAAAAUUUACCUAUAUUAUUUAAUUCGAUAAUUUGCAAUUGUCAAAAAUGCAGGCGCCAACUGAAAAUGGCCCCCCGAAAACGGCCAAACAAUUGGAGAAAGAAAGAAAACAGCAAGCCAAGCUGGAGAAAUUCAAAGAGAAACAAGAGAAAAAUAAAGCAAAAGCGGUAAAAGAACCCAAAGAAAAAGUAGAGAAAAAGCCAGGAAAGGUAAAGGAAGUCAAGGAAGCUGCUGUAUAUAAUAGCAACACUGCUCCUGGAGAAAAGAAAGAUGUUGCUUGUCCUAUGCCAGAUGCAUACAGUCCUCAAUACGUUGAAGCAGCUUGGUACGCGUGGUGGGAAAAGGAAGGAUUUUUCAAACCAGAAUAUAAUAGAAAAAUAACUGAUGAGAAUCCCAAUGGAAAAUUUGUUAUGGUUAUUCCACCUCCUAAUGUCACUGGUUAUCUUCAUCUUGGUCAUGCUUUGACAAAUGCUGUGGAAGACGCAAUCACCAGAUGGCAUCGCAUGAAGGGACGUACAACUUUAUGGAAUCCUGGUUGUGAUCAUGCUGGUAUUGCAACACAAGUAGUUGUUGAAAAAAAGUUGUGGAGAGAAGAACAAAAAACUCGCCAUGAUUUGGGACGUGAAAAGUUUGUAGAAAAGAUUUGGGAAUGGAAAAAUGAGAAAGGUGGAAGAAUUUAUGAUCAACUCAAAAAGUUAGGAGGUUCCUUUGAUUGGGACAGAGCCUGUUUUACCAUGGACCCCAAAUUGUGUAAAGCUGUAACUGAGGCAUUUGUUCGCUUGCAUGAAGAGGGUGUAAUUUAUCGAAGUAAAAGACUUGUGAAUUGGUCAUGUGCAUUAAAGAGUGCAAUCUCAGACAUUGAGGUAGAUAAAGUAGAAUUAACAAAAAAAACAAUGCUGUCUGUUCCUGGAUAUCAAGAACAAGUAGAAUUUGGUGCUUUAGUAUUUUUUGAUUAUGAAAUUGAAGGUUCUGAUGAAAAAAUUAGCGUAGCUACUACGCGCAUUGAAACAAUGCUUGGUGACACUGCUAUAGCAGUUAAUCCAAAUGAUAAGAAAUACUCAGCAUUAGUAGGCAAAUAUGCCAAACACCCAUUUUGCGCUAGAAGAAUACCAAUUAUUUCUGAUGAUUAUGUGGACAUGGAAUAUGGAACUGGCGCUGUUAAAAUCACUCCUGCUCAUGAUCCUAAUGAUUAUGAAAUUGGUAUGCGACAUAAGUUACCUUUCAUAACGAUAUUGGACGAAGGCGGUAACAUUAUAGGCGAUUAUGGAAUUUUCACGGGAAUGAAACGUUACCAUGCUAGAAAAGCAAUUAUUGAGGAAUUAAAAAAAAGAGGACUUAUUACAAAAGAUUCAAUAGAUAAUCCUAUGGCUCUAUCGAUCUGCAGUAGAUCCAAAGAUGUUGUAGAACCUUUGAUUAAGCCUCAAUGGUACGUUAAAUGCGAUGACAUGGCAGCAAAAGCUAAAGAAGUCGUCGAGAAUGGAGAAUUGAAAAUUGUUCCUGAACAAUUCAAGAAAACUUGGUAUUACUGGAUGGAAGGUAUCAGGGACUGGUGCAUUUCUCGUCAGCUUUGGUGGGGUCAUCGCAUUCCAGCCUAUCACAUUACAAUCGAAGGUAGCACGAACGAGGUUUCGGACGAUGAACGAUGGGUAAGCGGACGCACCGAAGAAGAAGCUAAAGAAAAGGCAGCUAAAAAAUUCGGAGUUAGCGCGGACAAAGUCACGCUCAAGCAGGACCCCGAUGUCUUGGAUACUUGGUUUUCUUCGGGAAUUUUCCCCUUCUCUAUUUUUGGCUGGCCCGAUAAGACGGAAGAACUCGAAGCAUUUUAUCCAGGCACCUUAUUGGAAACGGGACAUGAUAUUCUUUUCUUCUGGGUAGCACGUAUGGUUUUCUUAGGUCAAAAAUUAUUAGGAAAAUUACCAUUCAAGGAAGUGUACUUACACGCUAUGGUAAGAGAUGCCCAUGGCCGUAAAAUGAGCAAGUCUCUCGGCAACGUAAUCGAUCCGAUGGAUGUCAUUCGCGGUGCUACUUUGGAGGAUCUGCACAAACAACUGGAAGAAUCGAAUUUGGAUCCGAAAGAAUUGAAAAGAGCUAUGGAGGGCCAAAAGAAAGAUUACCCCAGCGGCAUACCCGAGUGCGGUACGGAUGCUUUGCGCUUCGCUCUGUGUUCCUACACGUCUCAGGGUCGCGACAUCAAUCUGGACAUUCUCCGUGUCCAGGGUUAUCGUUUCUUCUGCAACAAGCUUUGGAACGCGACCAAAUUCGCUCUCACUUAUUUCGGCGACGGCUUCAAAUACGACGAAGCUGAUCAUAAUAAGCUGCCUAAAGAGAACGACAAUCAGCUGGAAACUGUCAAUGGCAGUAACCUGUGGUACUUGGAGACUCUUAGCGAGCCGUGCGUGUUGAAUUCGCUCAAUGCUUAUCUCAAGCGCUACUCUUAUCUGGACGGCUACACGCCGUCGCGCCUCGACGCCAAAGUUCACGCGACUUUCGAAAGCUUGAAGCUCGACCUGAGGCACAGGCCGUAUCUGGCCAGGUGGUACAAUCAUCUGCGGAGCUUUAGCGAGGACGAAAAGCUCGGCUUUCGAUUGGAAAAUCGACUCAUCGCGUCCUAUUGUAUCGACGCUGCUUCUAAAACUCGACAGUUAGAUAAUUGCUUAGGAUUAAAGCUCACUGGUCACGAAUCGAGUAUCGAUUUGUGGAUCUUAUCAAGAGUGAGUUACGCUGCUCAAGUGUGCGACGAAGGAUUCGCUCAGUACGAUUUUAAUGGGGCCACGACGGCUUGCUACAACCUCUGGCUCUAUGACUUGUGCGACGUCUAUCUGGAAUGCUUGAAACCCGUAUUCCAAACUGGCACCGAGCAACAAAAAUUAGCCGCUCAACGCGUCCUCUUCAAGACUCUGGACGUUGGUCUUCGUUUGCUGAGUCCGUUCAUGCCCUUCCUCACCGAAGAGCUGUAUCAACGUUUGCCGCGCAAUAAAUUGGCGCAUCCCAGCAUCUGCGUGGCACCGUACCCAACUGUUUCCGAGUGCUCGUGGAGAGACGAACAGUUGGAAAAAGACAUUGACUUUGUUCAGAAAUGUUAUAAGAGCAUUAGAUCGUCGCGCGGAGCUUACAACAUACCUAAUAAAACGAAAACAGAAGCCUACUUCGUUAGCCACGAGAACGAAAUUUCUGAAAAAGUGAAAAAGUACACAGAUGUUAUCGGUACUCUUGGAUUUUCGAUCGUUCGAUUUGAAGAACCACCAGCAGGAUGCACAAUUAUCACAGUAUCGGACAAGUUACAGAUCCACUUACUUUUGAAGGGUUUGAUCGAUCCUGUCAAAGAAUUAGAAAAACUCCAGAAGAAAGAAACCAGCUUGAAAUCAACGAUAGAGAAAUUGAAAAAAGACAUGGCAUCUGCUGAUUACACUACCAAACGUCCGGUCGAGGUUCAAAAAGCCGAUGCGGAGAAGUUAACGAAUAGCGAAGGAGAAAUGAAAAUUUUAAUCGAAGCUAUGGAGACUUUGAAAACGAUGUAAAUUAAAAAUUAUAGGGCAAUUUCUAAAAUUACUUUUAUA